CGUUAAGGAAGCAAAGGGAAAAGAAUUUCGGCGAAUCUCAUUUUUGUGCUGCUACUAUAAUUAAAGACGACAUGGUAUUGACAGCAGCAAAUUGUGCAUUGCAAUCGAGGCAUGGUAAACCGCUUUGGCACUAUAAAGUAGUUACUGGGGCACCGAUACGCACAAUACCAUCCGAUGGGAGUGGAGAGCGGCCGUGGCUCUAUUUUGAAGUUUACGAAGUAUCAGCUGACUUUGAAAGGACUAUUGAUUUAGCCAUUAUACGGGUAACGCCCAUAUUUAAUUUAGGUUCCGAUGCAGUGGCAGUCAUACAACUUGCUAUGAAUUUGUACGAAGGUGGCGAAGAGUGCUAUGUAGGUGGUUGGGGCGAUCAAAAGAUUGGCUAUGAUGACCAUAUCAGCUUCGAUAAGGUGACAUUAUCCUCCGAUUCCACGUGUAUAGACACCCAUCCUACUUAUCAUUUCGAUAUAACAUGCGCUUCUAAUUCUUUUGAUCCCGUAUGUAAGAUGGAUUGGGGCGGCCCGCUUAUUUGUUCAGGAAAAUUAACCGCUGUUCUUGUAGGCGGCGAAUAUUGCGGCGAAAAGAAACCCUGUAUAUACCACAGUGUAGUAAAAUAUUUUCACUGGAUUAACAGAACUGUAAAGGAAUUAUCUCAAAGAGAACCUCGAUCCGGUGCACGCUCUUCGACCUUGUUUUGCGGAUCUAUGUUAGUAACGCCUUGCGGACUUAUAAUUUUGCACAGUUUUCGUACGUAAAAGAAAGCAAAGAGAGCCCAUUAAAUAAUAAUAGAUUAGAGAAAUGUAGGCCAUUAAUGUUAAUGAUAAAAGUGGGAAAUGUUAGCAGCGAGCUCUGAACCUAGCAAAGAAUAUAGAGUGGGGAUAGGAUAUUGAAUAUUUAUCUCCAGAGCAAACAUACAUAAUAUCAUUUUUUUAUUCAAUACCAUACUAAUAGAAUGACCCUUUUCACGUUAGACCGUUUCGGGCUUUUCAUCUACCUUAGUGAAGAAUUUUUUCCUCCAUUCAAGUCUACUUAGAAACAAGUGCAAAAGUCGCCAAAUUAAAAGUUUGCAGCCUAUUUGCAAAUCUGCAGUAAUGAAAUGCAAGGUGCACGUUCAACUGCACGUAAGUAUGCGUAAAUAAUUAAUUUUUUUUAAGUUAGGUAUUUAAUGCAAGUUCAAGCUGCCAGUUAGGUUCUUGAUGCACGACUA